GCAGAGUAAAUUAUUUCGUAGAAAACAAUGGCAUCAUCAUCAUUCUGUCACCCCUCUCCCUCUUUUGUGUUGCUUCUUCUCACUUUACCAUUCUUAUCUGCAACUUCUCCUAACAACCACCUCCACCUAUCUUCAACUGCCUCCUUCCCGAGGCUGCAAGCAGAAAAGCUGAUCAGAGACCUCAACUUGUUCCCUAAGGACCCCAUUAACACUGCGCCCCCUGACCCGUCAUUUGUCGCCCCCAAGAUUGUCGAGAAACGUUUUAAUUUCCCUCAUCUCCAUUACUCUGGCCCUUCAUCUGAAGAACUUGGCCACCAUGCUGGUUACUAUCGUCUUCCUCAUUCUAAAUCCGCAAGGAUGUUCUACUUGUUCUUUGAAUCACGGAACAACAAGAAGGACCCUAUUGUGAUAUGGCUGACUGGAGGGCCAGGGUGUAGCAGCGAACUGGCGGUGUUUUAUGAAAAUGGACCUUUUCAAAUCGCAAACAACUUGUCUCUUGUAUGGAAUAACUAUGGCUGGGACAAGGCAUCGAACCUUCUCUUUGUUGACCAGCCUGUUGGAACCGGCUUCAGCUAUACAACUGAUGAGCAAGAUCUUCGCCAUGAUGAAGAGGGCGUUAGCAAUGACUUGUAUGACUUUUUGCAGGCAUUUUUCGCGGAACAUCCUCAGUUUGCUACAAAUGAUUUCUACAUAACUGGAGAAUCAUACGCUGGACACUACAUUCCAGCAUUUGCUUCUCGGGUUCACCAAGGAAACAAAGCAAAGGAAGGACUUCAUAUAAAUCUGAAGGGAUUUGCUAUUGGUAAUGGGCUAACCAAUCCUGAAAUCCAGUACAAAGCAUACACUGAUUAUGCAUUGGAUAUGGGGUUAAUUAAAAAAUCUGAUUACGAUAAAAUCAACAAGAUACUUCCAGGGUGUGCACAGGCGAUUAAAAAAUGUGGCAGUGAUGGUGGAGAUGAUUGUGUGAAUUCAUACGUUGUUUGCACCAAUAUAUUCAACCAGAUCAUGAACAUCGCCGGUAAUAUAAAUUACUAUGAUGUUAGAAAGAAAUGCGAGGGAGACCUGUGUUAUGACUUCUCCAAAAUGGAGACAUUCCUGAACCAGAAGUCAGUGAGGGACUCUUUAGGGGUUGGGGACAGAGAAUUCGUUUCAUGCAGUAGCGAGGUAUAUGAAGCCAUGCUUGUGGACUGGAUGAGGAAUCUUGAAGUGGGUAUUCCUGCUCUUCUGGAGGAUGGAAUCAAGCUUCUUGUGUAUGCUGGAGAGUAUGAUCUCAUUUGCAACUGGCUCGGGAAUUCAAGGUGGGUUGAUGCCAUGGAAUGGUCUGGACAGAAACAGUUCGGGGCAUCUGCAACCGUUCCAUUUUUAGUUGAUGGUGAGGAAGCAGGAUUGCUAAAGAGCCAUGGGCCUCUCAGUUUCCUAAAGGUCCAUGAUGCUGGCCAUAUGGUUCCAAUGGAUCAGCCGAAAGCUUCAUUAGAGAUGCUCAGGAGCUGGAUGCAAGGGAAACUUGCAAUGACCGAGAUAGAAGAUAGGGUUGCUCCCAAGUGAUGGCCUCGGUGGAGCCAACAUCAUCUUCUUGAGCAUAUGUCUAAAUUAUUUCAAAUUUAAGGAUUUCAGAAUUGGUUUCCGGGCUUGUUUUAAAUGAAAGAUUUUCUUUCUCAAA